AUGGCUUCAAAGUCAGACUCUGUGCCUAGCCCUGCUCCGCAGGCGGCCGAUGCUUCUGUGUCGGCCACCGACGCUCCUGCGAAGAAUACUCCCUCCCCGGCUCGUCGUCAACGUCCCCAAAGACCCAAUUACAGACACAUUCAUCGCUUCCCACUCCCUGUCUCGGUCUAUCCUCUGCCUCCUCUCAUUCCUCAUAAUCCGCUUUCCGUAGUCAGUGUGCUCCUGUCAUAUCUGACAUAUUUCAUCUCGCCUCCUUCGCAAGAGAUCUAUCCCGCGUACUUUGACCAGGAUACGUCCUCGGUCCAUGUCACCGAUGCGAAGGCGAUCCGAGCACUGUGGGAGAUGGGGUUCUUUGGGAAGGGAAGUUUGAGUCGAAGUGAACCGAACUGGCUGGAACAGGAAAAGAAAAGGCGAGGUCUGCUCGGCGGUCUCACCAGCGAAGAGGUUACACGCCAGCGGAGAUCUGAGCGUCGCGAGCUCAAGCUAGAGAGAGCGAGGAUGGAGAAGCUAGCCAUCGAAGAGAGGCUCAAAGCAGAAGCCGCGGCGAGAGAGGCGGGUGACACAUCCGUGAACGCGUCUUCCGUCUUACCAAGCGUCGGUGGCACUAACGGAGCGGCGCCUACGACAGAAAAGUAUUCUCUGAGGAAAGCUCGAGAGGCCCGACAACUUGAGUCGCAGCGCUCGGUAAAACAGCAAGGCGAAAGCGAGGGGGCGGACUCUCCAGGGAAGAAAUCUCCCAAUGGGAAGACGGUCCGGUUCUCUCCAGUCGUACAGGCUAAAGAGUUCUCCUCUGAUUCGACUUCUCUACUCUUGCCGGGCUCAUCGGUAACCGAGCAGGGACCUCCCCAGGAACAGGCGUUGAAGAACGAAGAGCAUCUUCAACUGUCCAAUGAGGAGGCAUUCUUCCUCGUGUAUGGCCUUGGAGCGCUACAAAUCUAUGACCGCCAGACAAAUAGUCCGUUCUCGUCCUCUUCUCUGUUGCAACUCUUUUGUCAACACUCAUCCUACCCGCCUCGAGCGACCGCCGAUUUGAAAACAGACGAUACGUUCCUAGUUUCGUACGUGGUGUACCAUCAUUUUCGAUCACUUGGAUGGGUUGUGCGCUCCGGUGUGAAAUUCGGAGUGGACUACCUGCUUUACAAUCGUGGGCCCGUUUUCUCGCAUGCCGAAUUUGCUGUUGUGAUCAUUCCCUCGUAUGACCAUCCUUACUGGUCUGAAACUGAAGAGCGGAUAGCCUACUGUGCCAGCAAACAGGCUCGCAGCUGGUGGUGGUUUCAUUGCGUGAACCGUGUCCAGGCACAGGUGAGAAAGACCCUAGUGGUCUGUUACGUGGAGAUCCCUCCUCCUACCAUCGCGAAUCCCGACGUCUCCAAGAGUGACAUCGGCGCCUUGCUGGGUCACUAUAAGGUCCGAGAGAUGGCGAUCAGGCGAGUUACACUACCACGUAAAACGAUGUUAUUGUUUGAUGAUGACUCCAUACAUGGUAGGUGGAAGAGAAUCAUGGAGACUCAAGAAGACAGCAUUGACAUUGCCCACCUGCAACGCGUCGCGUUGGGACUAGUAAGUAUCAGCCUCGUCUGCGUUUCGACCAAGCUCACACCACAUUUCUACCAGGAAUCUGCACCCUCCCAGCCUUCCCUGGAUGGUUCUAGGAUAAUUGACAAUCUUUAUUCUGACAGCGUCGAGGACAACCCCCAACAACAGCCAUCAUCGAGUGAUUUUCCGUCGACGUCCAUUGCGAAAGAAAAUCCCCUCGAAACUCUGUCUACCCAUCAACCACCGUCCUCCCGACCUCAAUCUCCACAACAGCAUGCUACCGGUGUGAUCGACGUCAAUCCCCGGUACUUUGAGCAAACAAAGACAUACAAUACUCCUGCACUUCGUUUGUCCGGGAAAAUGAGCUCUGGAGAAACCGGCCCCUCGGACACCCAGGUCAUCUCUCAAUCGGUUUAUGACGAUCUGAUCCGACAGAACAAAGAGAUAACCAAUUCCUGUCUCGAGAGUAACCUGGGGCAGCAGGAUACCCUCGCAACACUUCAUGAAGGCGAUACUGGUCACAUUGACUUGCUGGCUGGAUUUGACAACGCGAACACCGAUGCAGUAAACCCCGAGGACAACGAGAAUGAAGACCAGAGUAGUCAGAAACUGGGAGAAUCAUCUCCCCUACACUACCAGCCAAACCUUUUCCCCGAGUCGCAGCGUUUUGUAUCAAAGACUCCAGCAACUGCGGUGAAGCACACAAAUAUCGAUAGCAUCGCAGUGAAGACCCCUUCGACGGUUUCCCGGAACCCGUUGGCGACCGAUGUCGAUUCCAGCGGUAUCAUGGCUCUAAGCCAAGUCUUCAAAGCGACACAAGCUCCAUCUUCACCGCUCGUCCACGGGCACAACGUCGAUCCCUUGUCUGACAGGCCUUCUCCAAACCUGCCUAUUCAAGGCCAACCUCUUGCCACGGCAAUGUCUUCCCCGCUGAACAAACUUGCGGCAACCUUCCCGCAGGACUCGUCGGAGCCACAUCUAAAUUACAUAACCAUGAAGGAGUCACAAGCACAACGGGAUAAAAUUCUGCGGGAGAGGAUGACCCGUUCUGCGGAGAACAUCUACUCGGAAGACCAAAGUGAUGGCGAGUUCGAAAAGGAACCCAGCUUUGUGGAGCGCGUGAGACGCCAAAGAAUGAUCAAUGAAGAGGCUGCAGCACAGUUUGCCGCAAUUUCUGCUCCUGCGCGACCCGAAAGUCGCCGUAGCCGUCACUCAGAGGCAACCUCGUCGCCAAAACGGAUGGAGAGGCGAGAUUGGGCCGAUGGAGCUGGUGCUACACGUGGAGAUGAACAGCAAGGCCCAGUAGCUCUUCUUCCUGGAACAACGAGUGAAGAAGAGACGGAACAGGAAGAAGAGACCUACCAGCCCGUUUCACGGUCUCAAGAGCUCAACGUAUCUGCGGAAGAAGACAAGGAAAACUGUGACGAACAGUCAGCAACGCCUGUUGCCGCCGCAGCUGAUGCUCAUGGACGCCUGUCGCAAGUUCUUUCUGCCUCCGUCGACCCUCGGUCUCAGGUGCAGGGCUCUGACCGGGUGGAAAUUGAAGAGAUCGCAAUGUCUUCACAGAUAUUGGUGGUAAAAGACUCUCAGCUGUCUCCCAGUCAAAAUAAGAAUGAGCACGAGGACAAUGUCGAGACAUGGGACCGUGAUCAAACUCCCAUCGCCGAGGAUCAAGGAGAUCCGUCUGCCACAGCUCUGCCAGAGUCACCAUCACCGGCGAAACAAUUACGUUUACGAUCUACCCCUCCAUCAACGUCUCACCGAAGCCGUGUCUCGUUUCAGCUGCAGGAUGAAGACAGGGUGAUGCGACCUAGGUCUGAAUCCGCUAGCUCGCAUGGCUCCUUUCAGGAUCUCCCUGAAACCCAACGCGCUCGGGAGGGUAGCGUUACUUUCUCUAGCAAUCCUGCCGUCCAAAGACUUACGGCAUCCGACGAAAAGUCUUCGAAACUCGAUGGCAAGGAAAAAUCUUCUUCAAUGCCCUCGCGUGUCGCUGAGACUCCAGUUCGUCGUCAUACAACAAGCUCUGGAGAGGAAGUCCCUGGAACUAGUAUCCCAGAGACAAGCCCGAAUCGAUUUCACAAUCCUGAAUGGGGUAACGACCUGAAUGAAGAAGACAUGGACCAAGAGGACGAUGACCUGCCCCCUUAUGCCCCUCAUGAUGGGCGGGUACACCAGCACCAGCCGAUGGUGUCUCACAAUUCCUCGCCCAUGAAGCGCAUAUUGAAUUCGAAGAUCCUUUCCAGCCCCAGUGGACGUCAGCGCAGGGCCUUGACCGAGAUCGCAGCAGAUGCUUCUCCCCAAGUCGGACAUGGUCUGUUCGAUCUGGACUUCAAUAUUCUAUCUGCCGAGGACCGCGAGUUUAAUUCCGCAGUUGCAAUGUCCCCGAUUCCCCCAAGGAAACGGCGUCGCAGAAACGAUGGACCGAACGUCUCUGCAUCUGAUCCAGUAUUGCCCGUCACGCCUCGUUCAACUUCUCAUCUACCUCCGCUGCCGGACCAUGAACAGCUACAGGUGACGCAGCCUCAGAAUGACAAGACGCCGGUCAGAUCUCAGUCGCUUUUUGAGAAACGAUCGAGAUUUUCUAACCCAAGGCGAUCUGUAUGGGAUGUGGAAGACUCACCACAGUUCAAACGCUCUCAUAAGCGACAUGUGCCUCGCCUUUCUCGGCCACGUUCUCACGAGCCGACAACUCAGCCGAAAAGACCUCGAGGAAGGCCACGCUUGAAACCAGUUCAAUCACCAGUUAAACCGAUUGUAGAAGUGGUUAUCAGGAGCAGCCAAAUUGAUAGUGAAUCGGAAGAACCCCAGGGUUCUGCUAUCCAAGAGGAGCCAACAAGCUAUCUUGCUGAUUAUACGCCAGUCCGAGCAGCCUCCGUCCCCGAUGACGGGGUCCAGAUUGCAGCAAACCAAGUUCUGGCCCCAUGGACUGGAAUGAAACGAGCAUACUAUCCUGCAACAUGCUUUGGGCAACCUUUUGGCACGCAGCCGUCCCGUUACCUAGUCAAAUUUGUGGAUAGCGCCCCCGUCGAAGUGUCCAUUAACUCUGUGAAGAAAUUGGAAUUGCGGAUCGGCGACGCCGUCAAGGUGGAUAUGCCAAAUGUUCCAAAGGUUACGCACAUUAUCAAAGGCUUUGAGGACAGGCUCAGUCCUGAAGAUAUUGCCAAGGGGGCCUCUAUGGGAAUGGCUCCAAUGACCGAUGUAUACGGCUAUUCCACACUCGUAUUGGGCCCGAAGCAACCCAAGAGCCUCCCUAAUGGCGGUAUCGUGGGACCAGAGAGCGUGGUGAGGGUUCCCAUCUCUCAGAUAUACAUGGACACGAACAUGUAUAAUCGUCUGAAGGACCGAGACUACACGUUUAACGCUCCAAAUACCCAGAAUACCCAGUCAGAAAGUAGAGUCCAAACGCCUUCUGACAGAAACACCACACCUGCAUCUCCGAGCACCCGGCUAUCUCGCAGUGUCCGCUACUCGAGUGGAUUAUUUGCCGGAAUGGUGUUUGCAGUCUCUUUUGGUGAAAAUGAUGGUGCAAAGUCACGCAUCGUGCAGAUGAUCCAGGACAAUGAUGGACGCGUCUUGCAUGAUGGCUUCAACGAACUUUUCGACCUCCCGGCGAAUGCGCCCCAGGCUACUCCGACUAAGUCGUCCGCUCUGGGAGACAAUGGAUCCAACGGCCAGUUCCGUCUCUCUGGCGGUGCAGAAAAUGUGGGCUUUGCUUGUUUAAUUGCGGACAGGCAUUCCCGACGGCCCAAAUAUAUGCAGGCAUUAGCCUUGAAUCUACCUUGUCUCUCCGAUCGUUGGAUAGAAGACUGCGUGGCCCAAGGCAGAGUGGUGGAUUGGGAGAUGUACCUGCUUCCAGCAGGCGAGUCGUCAUACCUCAAUGGCGCGACGAAGUCCCGGAUUCUCCCUCCAUACCCCGCCAACAAGGCUCAUCUACCGGACACUAUCGCCGCUCGCCCGAACCUGCUGAAGGGACAGUCCGUUCUGAUUGUCAUGGGCCGUAGCAAGGCCGACGAGGAGAAAAGGAAAGCCUAUCUUUUCUUAACCUAUGCCCUAGGGGCUGCACGAGUCGAGCGGGUCUCUGAUAUCAAGACCGUGCGGGCCAUUCUGGAACAGCAACCGAGAACAGGCUCUGCAAGAUGGGACUGGAUCUACGUGGAUAACGACGAAAAAGCUUCUGCCAUCUCUGGUCUUCUGGGACCCGGCUCUCAGAAAGCCCAGCCUGCCCAUCAUGCUCGGAAACGGAAGAGAGGCGAGUUGGCCGACUCCUCUCGAAGCAGUGAUCUUGGAUCCGGGCCCAAUGUCAGGAUAGUGGGCAAUGAAUUUGUGUGCCAGAGCUUAAUUUUGGGCAAACUGGUUGACUAG